UGGAAGCCUAGCUGCGUAUUUCACUGCCGGUGCAUAAAGAAUAUAUUGGAUAACAAUAAUAGCUUAAACAUAGACACACACCCUUUGUAUUGGCGGAUUGGUAAGUCACAACGUUAACAGUCUGUAGGAAUAGUGAAGUUGGGACGAUUUUAGUCCCGUGGUUAUUAUAUACCGUACAUGUCGUAGCGGAUAGCGCGUCUCUCUUCAGAAUAUAUAUAAAUUCAGCUGGCCCUACUCUCCCCUCCUCUCCCCAUCAGUCAUAGAGCGCUUCGAGUGAUAGACUGCAAGCAAACAGAGGAGGGGGAGAGGGAGAGAGAGAAACACUAUGCGAAGCAAGCAGUGUUUUGCAAGAAGAGCAGAGUCAGUCUUACGACCGGAUCGCUUGCCAUUUCACACCGGGGGCCGUUAAUUCUAACCCUUAACGCUUUUCCCCCCCCCCAACAAAAGCCAGCGCGCUUUGCGGUCCACCGCUUUGAAUACUUGUGAAAGUUUUCGUGUUGUUUUGCUCUUUUUUGGCCAUUGCAGAAUUCUGGAAGCAGGGUUUAAGAAAUAUACACCUGGCUUAUUUUUUGUGCUGUUUUUUUUUUUCCUUUGGCUGCGCUCUCCUCGUUUGUUCAGUUCGCCACCAAAUCUUAGAAAUCUAACGCGUCGUUUUUAAUCGCUCGUCACCCGAGUCCCCAGCCCAGCACGCCAAGCCGGUGACUGCAGCGCUUUCGUUACACCCAGCCUUGUGCCGGUAUGCUGCCUCUCUCCCCUUCGGUCUAUUUUUGACUCCGAACUUCAGGCGGCUGUCCGGGGUGAAACCGCAGAGCUUCGCUCGUGAUUUGAAGGCAGACCUCCGGGACUGAGACCCUCGGCAUAUGUUUCGUGGACACCUGGCAGCAGCUGCAUUCGUCGAGGAAAGUUACCGACUCGAACUCGGUGACUGUUUUUUUUUUAUAUUCCCAGAUUAAAUUGUCUAAUGGUCCUGUUUUUGCUUCUGUAGUGUCGGAAGAGUCGGGUUUGGCUUUAACAGUAGCGGUGACUGUAAUCUCUCACCGUCGAUGUCCAUUGGUAUAGAGAUGCCAAUGUCAUUUUAAAAAAAUAUUUAACUUCAACCUGUUGUUUUAUGAAUCAUUUCGAUUCUGUUCGCUGGUCCGCCGGAGUUCUCCCAGUAAAAGUUUUUCUUUAAACCCUUUUUUUUAAAUUACAAACUUAAGUAUAGUGGUUGUUCCUAUGCGUUAUUAAUUGUACGUACAGCGAUGUGUAGUGGGCUAUAGAAGCAUUUUAAAAUCGCUAUAAAGAAACCUGAAUGUACGAUUUAAAAUAAGACAAAACGUUUGCUAUAAAAGGCGCCUGAAGAGUAAGAGAUGGACCCGCUCUUCGCGACGACCGAGUCUCAGUGGAAUGACUCGGAACAAAACGCCACCGAUUUCUACUCGAACCAGUUCGUUCAGCCCAUCUGGACUGUGGUGCUGUGGGCCAUCGCUUACACCUCCAUCGUGAUCGUGUCUGUCGUGGGGAAUAUCGUGGUGAUCUGGAUCAUUGUGGCUCACAAGAAGAUGAGGACGGUGACCAAUUAUUUUCUGGUGAACCUGGCCUUCGCUGAAGCGUCCAUGUCGGCUUUCAACACGGUCAUCAACUUCACCUACGCUGUGCACAACGACUGGUACUACGGCUUGGACUACUGCCGCUUUCACAACUUCUUCCCCAUCGCCGCCGUCUUCGCCAGCAUCUACUCCAUGACCGCGAUUGCACUGGAUAGGUAUGUGGCCAUAAUUCACCCUCUACAGCAGCGGCUCUCAUCCACGGAGACCAAGAUCAUCAUGGCAGUGAUCUGGUUCCUGGCUCUGUGCCUGGCCUUCCCACAGUAUUACUACUCCAACACCACCGAGCUGCCCGGCCGCAUCGUCUGCUAUGUUGACUGGCCCAAAUAUGUCAUCUGGAAUUUCAGGAGGACGUACUACAUCUGUGUGGCCAUCCUGAUCUACUUUCUGCCCCUUCUGGUGAUGGGGUGUGCCUACCUGGUGGUAGGGCUCACCCUGUGGGCAAGCGAGAUUCCUGGUGACUCCUCCGACCGCUACAGCGAGCAGCUGACAGCAAAGCGCAAGGUGGUGAAGAUGAUGAUUGUGGUAGUGUGCACCUUCGCCAUCUGCUGGCUGCCCUUUCACCUCUACUUCCUGCUGGAUGAGUUUAUCCCCCACCUGUCUGAGGAGCGUUUCAUCCAGCAGGUGUAUCUGACUAUCAUGUGGCUGGCCAUGAGUUCCACCAUGUACAACCCCAUCAUCUACUGCUGCCUGAAUGAGAGGUUCCGCGCGGGGUUCAAGCAGGCGUUCCGCUGGUGCCCCUGUGUGAAGGCCGCUGACUAUGAGGGCCUGGAGCUGAAGUCGAAACGGUACCUCCACACGCAGAAUAGCAUGUACAAGGCGAGCCGCAUGGAGACCACGGUGUCCACCGUCAUCAAUGCCAUCGAUGAGGACCCUGAGGAGGGCCUGCUGGUCAAGCGCCUGUCUCUGGACCUUACCUCCAACGGUUCCUCUCGGAGCAUCUCCAAGACCGUGUCGGAGACAUCCAGCUUCUACUCCAGCACCAACAUGUCCUAGACACACCCACCAAGAUCCCAUCUCGUGCCUGUCCCUCAUUCUGGAGCAACUCUUCACAAGCUGCAUUUGCAAAGCAUUCGCAAAGCACAUAGAACUGCUCAAUUCCAGAGAGCUAGUCUUGUCUCCAAAUCCAUGCCAUUCUGGGGAGCCUUAAUUUUUCCAGGACUUGUCCAGAGCUGCAUCAACACUACUUAUCACUGUUCUCUGUAUGAAGAGUUGCCAUUUACUCAUGAAAAGGGAAUCCAGUUUUUUCUUCUGAAAAGUAUCAUGGCCUUCCAAGUUUCCUCCUGCCCCUACUUAUUUAGACAACGUAUACAAGCUAUGAACUGCAAUAUUCAGCCUAGCUUGUCCCAUCCCAGUCCCAUAUCAACACAAAGACUUGAAGUUUCCAUACACAAGAGCUUUACUAGCAUACAAUUAGAGGAAUACCACAGCAAUGUUAAGAUCAUACUUGUGUUUCAUUUAAAGAGGAACAUGCUAGAGAAAGCAUCUCCAUAACAGAGAUGGAUGACCACUACAAUGAGGUUUAUGAGACAAAACAUUCAUAUGGAUUUGUAAAUAUUGUGCAACUCUAUAUAUAAGACCUUGCAUGCCUGCUUUCUCCUUGGUUUUACAAAUAUUAGGUUGUUUAAUCUGCCUUAUGCUGAAUUCAAAUAUAUGCCAAGUCCAGAGAACAACAGUUCCAGCUCAGCGUUUCAGAUCCCAAUAUUUGUUUGCCACACAAAACCAAACAACUACUGACAACAAAACAAAACCACCAAAACAAGAGGUGGAGGGCAGAGGUGGUGGGGGGAGGGAAAGUGAAUGGGCCCACCUGUUGUGAAAACUAUUUUGGGAAAUGUAUGAGGCGCUGUGGCUGGGGAUUACACAUGCUACUGACAUUUGGAUGACACAGAAGAGAGAGAAAGGCAAUAACAAAACAGCAAAGUACAGCUCCUGCCCACUUUGGAUAUAAUAAGACAGGCACUUCUUAUUAUAUCAUUAUAAUAUCUUAAAUAUCAUUAUUUUUUCAAGAAUCUCAAGAGAACAUGCAGAAAAUAAAAUUGCAAGACAAUAAUGGGACCAAAAGCUGGCUUUCCAUAUAUUUCCCUGUUCUCCUGCAGCCCUGGCCUUUGCAUUCCAAGUCAGAGAACUGCAAUUUGAUUCCUAUUUCUUUGAAGCUCUGCAAAAUUUAACAAAUUGUACCCCCACCAUUAACAUACAUUGUCACCAUCAUAUACAUAUAUACUGUGUCUCUGCCCUGCGAUAGACAGGUAUCCUGUCCGUGGUGUAUCCUGCCUUGUGCCUGUUGCUUGGAUAGGCUCCGGCUUCCCCCACAAGACUGUACUGGAUAAGCAGAUUAGGAAAUGGAUGGAUGACUUUCCUACCUUCUUCUCAGAAGGAGCCCACUGAUGACAAAAUAAGGAAUUAAAAAUCCACUUGCCUGUGAGCAUUUAAAUUUCAUAUCUGAGACGGUUUCCUUUUCAAUUAAUAUUGCAUUUGUUAACUGUUAACUUAAUUGCCAGCAUUGAUAUAUUGAGUCAGUAAAAUGUCAGCGAGCUCUGAAGAUUGAGACGUAAGUAAUUAAGAACAGAUACUGUAUGAAAAGAUAUUACUAGUGUCAGUUUUGGUGAAACCUCACUCUUCAGUAAGGGACUUCUUUUGUGCCAGAUUUAAUUAAAAGCAUGCCACAUAAGUAAGCUGGUCACUGAAAGGCUAGACUAUGAGGUAAUAAUAUAUCAUGAUGAAUUCAUUUACAGACCUCUAUUUUGAGCAUUAAAAACAUCACUGUGGAGCUCACGGUAACGGAGAGUGAAAAUGAGAAUCAUCAACUUUUAUGGUAAAUAGUAAUUUACUAAAAAAAAGAUAGAUUUGCAAAAAAGAGUCAUUAAACUGAUAAGCUGAAAA